AAAAUUGGCGGUGCUAUCGAAGACUUAGGCGGUGAGGCCCUGGACAGGUUGUUUCUCGCCUACCCCCAGACCAAGACCUACUUCCCCCACUUCGACCUGCACCAAGGCUCUGCUCAGAUCAAGGCGCAUGGCAAGAAGGUGGCGGCUGCACUGGUCGAGGCUUGCAACCACAUCGAUGACAUUGCCGGUGCCCUCUCCAAGCUCAGUGACCUCCAUGCCCAAAAGCUCCGCGUGGACCCCGUCAACUUCAAACUGCUGGGCCACUGCUUCCUGGUGGUGGUGGCCGCCCACCACCCCUCUCUCCUGACCCCGGAGGUCCACGCUUCCCUGGACAAGUUCCUGUGUGCCGUGGGCAAUGUGCUGACUGCCAAGUACCGUUAAGGCGGCACCAUGGCUAGAGCUGGACCCAACCUACUGCCAGCCCUCCAACAGCGAGCAGCCAAAUGAUCUGAAAUAAAAUCUGUUGCAUUUGUGCUCCA